AUGGUCGAGCCAGCCGCCCGCAACGUCGACUCCGGGCCGAAGAACGGCUAUUGCCCGCACUGCGGCAAUGGCAACGGCAUUUGUGGCGAUGGCAACCAAUGGCCCUCCGACAGCAACUACGUGAAUGCUGGCGGCCCACCCGUGAGGACGUGGACAUCAGGAACGAUUGUGGAGGUCACCAUCCGCAUCACUGCCCACCACAAGGGGCAUUUCGAGUUCAGCGUGUGCGAGCAGCAGAUUUCAUCAUCUUUGGCCAAUGCACAGAGCUGCUUGGACAAGUGGAUCCUGGAGCGUGCCAGCCCGCAGGAGGCGGGCCUCACGGACUGCGGGUCGAACGACAGACGGGCGGGCUGCCAGCCGCUGGACACGCGGCACCCUGAGCGCUUCUACCUUCCACCAGGUGGCUUCUCUCCCUCCGGGCAGGACUUGCACACCUUUUACCUGAAGGUGCCGGUCGGCCUGCAGUGCACCGCCUGCACGCUGCAGUGGAGGUGGUGGUCGGCGAAUAGCUGCAUUCCUGCGCCUGACUAUGGCUGUUUCGCGCAGGAACUCAGCAGCAAUGGCUACAGACCGAGCGACUGGGGCGUCGGCAACACUUGUCCUGGUGGAGGCUGCAACCGCUGCGGCUGCGGCGAGGAAUUUCGGAACUGUGCGGACAUCCAGAUUGUCUCCGGCGGUGGCACGACCGCCACGGUCACCAGUGCCCCUACUACGACGACUACGACAACCAGAGGAGGCGCGACGACAACCGGAGGUGCAACGACGUCCACCGGCUCAACACCAACCUGUGUUACCCAGGAGACCCUGACGUGCAUCAACGGCAAAUCUACAUACUGGCCGAAGUGCGAUGUUUCGCAGGACAAGGACGUGACCGGCCCGUCUGGAUACGAGUAUGGGUUCUACUGCUCCAAGGAGUGGGUGGAUGCUUUGAACGAGAUGCUGUCAGACCCUGCCGUGAACAAGUGCAACGACCAGACGGCCAUCCACAAGAUGCUGGCACAGAUCACCUUCGAGACGGCCUAUUUCUCAACCGUCUACCAGCCAAGGGAUGGAGGUGCCGGGCUCAUCCACAUGAUCCCCGGCAACUGGCGGACGAACGUGGAGGACAUGGACCAGCUCUUCCCCGGCAUGAACUUCAUCUCGCAGUUCAAUGCCAUGGCUCCCGACCAGUACCAGUUCUUCCAGAGCCCACAGUACGGCUGGCGGUCCGUGGCGGCCUGGUACAAGCUGACGAACGGCGUCAUUCCCGGCUGCGGCCAAGACCUCUUCGAUCUGAGCUUCGAAGAGCAGACGCGCUGCAUCCUCUCUUUCGUGAAUGACCGCUCGGCCGCUUGGCCCAUCUGGGGCCACAUUGUCUCCGGCGGUGGCACGACCGCCACGGUCACCAGUGCCCCUACUACGACGACUACGACAACCAGAGGAGGCCAUGAACGACAACUAGAGAGCAGCAAUUGCAAGACACUGUGGACCCGCACUGUAGCAUACCAGUCGCGAGUAGAUACUUGGCAGAUGCACGUCUGUAGAAGUCACACCUAG